CAUUAAUCAGCAGUUCUCGGUCUGCUUAAGUUAAUGAGCUAGUCAACCUCAUCGUUGCCAAUUGUCCCACUACCCACUCACUCACUCACUCACUCUUUGCUCCGUUGCAUUCUUUCACUCCCUCCUCAAUCCAGCCGCUCAUUCUGCGCCCAUAUAUCCCGAACCUUCAUUCUUCAGUAUGUCCUGGUUGUUCGGUUCCUCCAAGCCUGAGAGCGCGCCCGCCGCCGCCGCCGCAGCUCCAACCGAAUCCGCCCCGGCCGAGAAGCCCAAGCCCUGCUGCGUCUGCAAGACCGAAAAGACCGCCCGCGACGACUGCAUGCUCUUCUCCAAGACCGACGAUCCCACCCAGGAAUGCAAGUCGAUGAUUGAUCAGUACAAGGCCUGCAUGGCCGGGUAUGGGUUCAAGGUCUAGAACCCCGCCGCCGUGGCUGUUGUUCAGGGAGUGGGUUCUGCUGGCAUGUUUCUGGGGUGGGGAGAACUUCCUCGACUCUGCGAUUAUUGUAUAACAUAUGGGUUGUUUUGAUUGUUUGUUUUUUGGGGGAUACAGUACAGUACAGUACACUACAUAGAAGGAGAAAGAGCGCAUGCAACAUAUCCUGGAGUUUGGGUUGUGGGAGGCUUUGUUUUCUCCGAGGGGUUUUUUGAUUUGCUGUGGUCUUGUAUAUUAGAUCGAUCUUGUUUUCUUUGCUCGAAUGUUCUUCCUUGGGCGAUUGUUCUAUUAUCAUCUCCCCUUAUGCAGUACAUGUCUUGUUGUG